UGUCAAAGAAAGGAUUGAAAGGAGGAAAAAAGGGUUAGGGAAAUCACAUGAUGCUCAACAGCCAAGGGGACCAAUGACAUCUGUAUCCAUAAUGUAAGUAUUAUUGCAUAAUAAAGAACACAAGUGGAGUGUCUGUUGAUUUUUUUUUUUUAAAAAGUCCUCAAGAAAGUUAGGAAUAUAUGAAACUGUGAUCACAAAAUGGCAUGAGACUUUAAUUUCCACAGUUGAAUGAAACCAAAACCUCCCAACGCCCAGAGAAAAACAAUACCAUCUUUUACCCACUCUCUCUCUCUUUCUCCACUUUGAUCAUUUGUUCAUGGAUAAUUCUUUCUCACCUGAUUUAGUCUAAGAAUUUAUACUUUUGUGGGUAUAUAUAUGCAAGGAUCGAUUGGAUAAUAUGCAAUUGUUGAUGAUCAUCAUCGUUCUUGCCUAUAUCUUAUAUGGAUGGGAUCAAUCUGAUAAUAUGCAGCAACUGAUCUGCUGCUCAAUCUCAUAAGGUGAAGGGCUGAGGUGUACAUCUAGCAUCAAUGCUCAAGAACAUGCAACUUUAGAAGAAAAACAACAUUUGGAAGUCAAAUUAAAAGAACAAGAGUAGCCAUGACUGAUUCGACUCAAGUAUUGGAGAUCGUUCCUGAUGAUAAAAUGAGCAACUCAAUUGAGGAACAAGUUGAAUACACAUCAUCAGUUUCUUUGCCGAAGUGUUCAUCUUUGGACUUGAACGAAGAAGCCAACAGCGAAGAGGUUGAUAUAUAUAGUGCCAAUACUGAGACUGCUGAACUUAUGAGUAAUGUUGAGGAUGAUGAGAAAACAGCAGAAGGGAAUUCAAGUACCGGUAAUAGUGCUUUAGAGGAAGGAAGUGAAAGGAAGACUACAAUUAGGCAAUAUGUUCGAUCAAAAAUGCCUCGGCUCAGAUGGACUCCUGAUCUCCAUCUCUCUUUUGUACAAGCUGUUGAAAGGCUUGGUGGACAAGAAAAAGCAACUCCCAAAUUAGUUCUUCAAUUAAUGAAUGUGAGAGGACUUAGCAUUGCCCAUGUAAAGAGUCACUUGCAGAUGUAUCGAAGUAAGAGGCUCGAUCAGUCUGGCAAAGUAUUAUGUCGAACAAAUAUUUACCAUAGAAUUAAUCACCAUAAACAAUUGGGAGUGGAGAAUAUUGGUGGAAUUAUUCAAGCAAGAAAUUCUCAAGAGGGUGAUCCAAUUCAUAGUCAUCCACAGUAUUCGCACUUCAAGCAACCUUCAUUUGAUGUCAAAACUCUCUCUUCAAGAAGCCAACAGUGGUUUUCCAAUCAGCAUGCUAUGAUCAGACCAAGUACUUCUUUAACAAGCAAAGAUGUUGGACAAGGCAACAAUUUGCUUCAAACAAUAAUUAGUUCUCACCCUCAUCAUAUUUAUCAAGUCCGUACCACACCAAGGACAUCUAUCGGGGCAACCUAUCUUACGCAGCCUCCUGCAUGGGACUGCAGAAAUAGUACAAGAAUUAGGCACUGCCAAUCCAGGAUGCAUGACUGUAUGAACACGACCGAUAGCUUGGAGCCAGAGUUUGAGCCCCCCUUUCGGCUUGAGUUUAAUGAAGGAAGAAGGUUGAAGCACAAGGAAUGGUUACCUGAUUUGCAGCUGAGAUUGAGCCAAAGUGUUGGGAACAAUAUUAUGGAGAAGACGUCUGCUAGUAAGAGUGUGCCCCAAAAUAACAGUAUGCUCUCUCUUUCUUUGUCCUUAUGUUCAUCAAGUCAACAAACAAAACCCAGUGAUUGAGAACGUCCAACAAAAACUUCCAUAACGUUACCAUAUAUAUAAUCUGACCAUGUAAAAAGAGAGAUCUUUUAAGUACUUGUCUUAGAAUCCAUUAGAAAGGAUAGAUAUGGUUUUGUUAGCCUUUCACCAUGAAAUCAGUUUGGUGUGAAAUCAGUACAGGGUUAGAGAAACUGCAGCACUAUACCUUGCUAUUAGUGCACAAGUGAGUAUAUGUGUGUGCGUGUGUGUGUGUGUCAUGGAUUCAUUAGAAAGUGUGAAAUAUAAAAAUGCAAUUGGUAUGUUCCGGUGAACAAAACAAAAUCCAAAUAGAGUUGUGUAUUUUUCAUUUAAAAUUGAGUCUGGUUUCGGAAUCUAAAAACUCAACUAAAGCUACUCACGGAAGCGGCGGUUCGACAUUGAAUAACAAUUAGUCAAGGUAAGUGUGUGAGGAUCACUUAAAAGUUGGUUUGAAGUUGGAAUAUAGUACUUGGGGUUUUUUUAGAAGUUGAACCGGAUGCACUUCAUUUUAGAACCGAUUGCAUUCUUUGGUGAAAAACACUAUUUGGGAUAAGUUCAACUGGUUGCAAUUUCAAGUAGAAUCGGUUGCACUUUCCUGAACCAAGAGGGAAAGUUUUUGUUUUUGUUUUUGUUUUUCUCAACCUCUAUUAUUUUUACAAGUCUGAAUUAGAGGGAUGUUUGAGCAUGAAAUUGAGAAGAUUUUCUAAUCCUACUAGGCCUCUCUAAUUCUCUAUAUAAACUCAUAUUCACACACAAUUCAUUAC